AUGGCGUCGAAACGAAAGCGGAAUCUGAAAAGAGGGACUUUUGUAGAAGAGAAAGCAAAGCCUCAUAGGCGUGGAGUCAUCCUUGGAGCCUUUCAAGAUGAGGGAAAGAAGCACACUUGGAAUGUUGAAUUUGAGCAACCUGAUGGUUCGAAAGCAAAGGAAGUCAAAACAUCCCGACAAUUGAUUGCCAAGGAUGCACCUUCAACUGUGGAUGUUCCCGCUGUGGCUGUUCCCGCAGCUGAGGCCGCCCCUGUUACCAUUGUGGAAGAAGCAUCUGCCAACUUGUCUGGCUCUGAAUCAAGCAAGGACGAUUCUUCCGAAGCCCCCACUCCACCACCAACACCACCACCAUCAGAUUCGAGCGUCCACUCGACCAAUGUCGCCAGGGCAAAUCCAAACAUCACUGGUCUUCCGAGCUACGAUUGGACCAUGCACGAAAUUGAUGACAGCCCUGAUCACGCCAGCUUGAAAUCGUCCUCCUCUGAUUCCAACUCGACUGUUGCGGUCGAAACCGUGGAAGAUGAAGAUGAGGUGGACGAGGACGGCGAGGAGGACGAGAAUGAACGUCCUGAUGAAGGCAAUAUGGAGGAUGUUCUUCCGAAUGACGCAAAUGAUCUUGAAUCAGAAGAUGAGCACAAGAGAAAGCAAGAACUCUAUUUGCAGGAAAAAGCAGAGCUGCUCGAAAAUGGAUGGACCGAAAUAAUGGAGUCCAAAAGGCCACCAUUAGCUCCAGAUGUUCGAGUGCAAACCAAGGGCAAGAAGAACCAACGCAAUGGCAUCAUCAUUAGAAAAGUUGAGAAGAAGGUUUGGCUGGUUCAAUUUGACGAUAGCGACCAACCCGAAGAAAUUUCCCCUUACUCCUUGGUCCAGAUCUUCGAACCGAAGAAGUACAAAUGGACGCUUGUUGAGAACUCAGAGCCGGAUGAGCCGAUAGAGGAAUAUGCGGAUGUUGGACUUGUUGUUGUGGGGAGGAAGCUGGCAGGAGCAGAUGACACGAGUCAAUGA